AUGGUGUGGCUUUUGUCACGCGAACGCAUGACAGAGUCGCUGGUCACUGUAUGGGUCGCCAUACAGCCGCUGCUCCUUCGGCUGGCACCCGGCGUAGCGGCGCUGUUCCUUCUGGCGACACUCGCCGUCGUCCCGCUGGUCACCUGGCUUCCGCAGUCAAUCCUCGCCAGCACUGCUACCGCCUUGCUCCCGUGCAUCCCGCCGGCAGGUGUGAUCAUGCUUGGCCUCUGCGUCUUUGCUCUUGCUCGUGCUGCCACCGCGCCUGUCGCCGCCUCGCCAGCGACGGUCCUCCCUCUUUGGCUCCGCGGUCUCGACGUCCCGGCAGCACUGCUUCUCCUCCCGGCAUCGGGCAUGCUCGGCUAUGCAGCUGCUUCGCCCAUGUGCACGCUCAUUGAUAUGGUGGCGUCAGCAUUGGCCAUCGUCCUCGCUGUCAUCCUCCUCCUGGCGCAUCGUCUCGCCCUCUUUGUUCCGCAAGCCGCAAGCUCGGUCGUCGGCGCAUGGCUUCUGCCGACGGACAUGCUGUACGUGCUGCUGGCCACAUCGAUCUCGUCGGGAAUCGCGCUUGGCUGUGCCGCGGCUGUCGAGCCCAUCAGCCGGUCAUGCAAACUGUUUGUGGCAGUAGUUGGUGCUUUUUCAUGUGCUGUCAUGGUUGUCUCGCUCGCUCGCCGCUGGUUCUCGCACCCCCACGCCCGGGCCGCCAACUCUGUUGCCGCCGCCCUUGCAGUUUUUGUCGUCAUCCUCCACGGCUCGUCGCUCGCGGCCGACUCUUUUGACCGCUCGGCACUCGCCGCCAUCAAGACUUUCCUCAAUGGUCUCGCCGCCGCCGCUGCUGUCGUCCUCGUCCUCAACGUCAACGCGAGGCUUGCGAAGCUGCGUGCGAGACUUGCGUCUGGUCUGGUUGACUGGGAGCUUGCCGACGUGCUGGAGACCGGCUCGCGGCUCGACAUGUGGAGCGCUCUCGCCUCGCUCUCGCAAGUCGCCGAAUACCGCCGGCCGUCGCCGCUUCUGAUGAAGCUCCGCGCCGCAUGCACCGCCUUUGUUUGUGGCUCGUCACCGCACGCCUUUGCAGCCGCGGCCGCCGAGCUCCACCGUGCAACUGGAGACGCCACAAGAGUCGCCGACGUUCUUGCUCUGGCAUGGGCGCAAUGGCCAUCAUCGUCUGCUAUCGCGCUCCAGCUCCUCAUCGCCAACGUCUCUGGUGCAAUUCUUCCACCAAAAGUUCUUGUCGCCCUCCUCGCCUCGCUGGACAACAUCAAGCUCACGUCUCCGGCUGCGGCUGCCAUUGCUGUCUACGGUCGCGGCUGCCUCAAGCACGUCUCCGACUCGUCCGUUGUUCGUGGCGCUGUCGAUGACCUCGCCUCGCUCCACAUCACUGCGCUCGACACCUGCGCAGCUCUCGCCUCCACAAUCGACGCAUCGAUCUCAGCUGCACCACCUGUCGAUGCACUCGCUGCGCUCGCCGAAGCCCGCCUUGGCCCGUUCUUCUCUCCGCUCACCGUUGCCCAUGCUGCCACGCGAUCGUCGCUCCGCAACUCACCGGCGGCUCAGAUCCGGUGCGCAGCCUCAGCUUGGAUCGACACCCGGUCCAUUGUCGAGAACUGUGAUCCUGUCGACGACACAUCGGCCCCUGGUUCGGGCGCUCGGCGCUCCUCGCCGCCUCCCGUCCUCGACCACCACGGAAGCAACACAUCCCUCCCUGUUUUUGUAAGCUUGCGGCGCGAGCUUGCUUCGUACUCGCUCCACACACUUCUCUGCCGGAGCUUGAUCCCGCUCGCCUGCCUCGGACUCGUCGUCCUCGCCGGCUUUAUGGCGGUUGUUGGCUACUCGUCGUCGGUCAGCGCGCUUGUCGCAGCUCGCGAAGCCGCAUGGGGUGUCCGCGCCUCGCUUGUACACGCCUCGCACUCGUCUCGAAACUGCCCGGCAGCGCUCGAUGCGCUCCUUGCCAACCAUACUGCCGUGCUGACCUCGGGCCUCUCGCCGCGGCUCAUGCUUGCUACAACUCGCACCCUUCCCGAUGCUGUCUUGACGGCAUUCUGGCUCAAGCACCCGCUCGCACGAAAGCUGUUCAAGGCCGGCGGCAACGCCGCGUUCUCGGCAAAGUGCUCGGCGGAAAUCGGCGGUCUGGCAUCGUCCGCUCACGACCCAAGCAGCGUCAUGAUCCAGCUUGCUGAGCUCAACGGCUGGCUUCGCUUUGCGUGCAGCGCCUUGCUCCUCCUCGCGGCACUUUGCCUUCUUCUGCUCUGGCGAGGAGCUGUUCUUCCGGUCCUCUCGUCAGUGGCCCAGGCUCGGACCCUGCUGGAUCAGUCAGUCUACCAUGCCCCGACCUCGUUCUGGGGCAUGCUCGCAUCGGCCUACUCGAAGCGUGCUGCCGAACUUGCCGCUGUCCUUGCUCUCUUUCGUGAUGGCAUGCUCUCUCUCGCGUCGGUGACGCUGGUGUCACUCGACGAUAUGAGCCCAAUGGAGUCCAGCCGACGCAGCGGCCGCUCAAACGUCGCUGCGACUCCGCAACCGUUUGCUAGCAUGCAAGGCUCGCGCGGCAAGUUCUCUCUCAACACCCAGGAGCCGCCUGCCGUUCAGGAAAGCUCGCGACGCAUCGCUCUUCAGCGCAUCGGGUUUGGCCUCCUUGCUUUUGUCAUGGCGGCUGCCGCCCUCGCCAUGUCGCUCGAGCUUGCGUCCCGAUUAACGGCACUUCCAAACGCGGUGUCGAGCUACGACACCGCGCUCGCUUGCUCUGCCUCUAUUGUGCAAGUCGCACACAGCUGGAGUGUGAGCGGCAAGCACGUGGCGUCGGCCUCGGCCUCGGCGCCGGCCUUGCUGCAAGCUAGGUCCCUUAUCUCGUCGCGAUGCCGCCAGCUUCCACGGGCAGACGAGAUUGACUCGCUGUUGGCCAUGGCUGGCUUUGUCGCCACCAAAGAAGGUGACCCAGCAUCUAUCGUCGCCUCGCUUACCGCUGCCCAGCGUGUUAUGGACGAGAGCGUGGCACUGACGAAGGCUGCAUCAAUGGCAGACAUGGCCUGGUUCUCUUCGCCGGUCUCGCUCCUAGCGUUUUUUGUCAGUCUCGCCGCUGCAGUCGUUCUGGCUACCGGCGCGACCGUCCUGUGCGCCCUCGUCAGACCCGUGGCCAGUGGGCGCGGCUACGGGCUGCUCCUCUCGCUUCUCACCCCGCGCCUGGCAGCCGUCGCGUGCUCGCUCUCGUCGUCGACUCUGAUGCACCCGCUCAAGCUGAGCGGACGAGCGCUCCUCCAUGCCUCGUGUGAUCCGGUCCUAGUCAUUUCGCGCAAGGGCAUUGUUGAGUUUGUCAAUGACGCCGCAGCCGAAGUUGCAGGCUACACGCGGGAAGAGCUGCUAGGAACGCGAGCGUCGCGGCUGCUGGCGUGGAAGGCGCUUGCGGCCAAGCUCUCUGGUCCGAUUGCCACGUCUGCCUCUGGCAUGGCAUGGGUCCGCAAAGCUGUCGACAGUGGCAUCGGCUCGACGUGGGUCCCUGUCCAUCUUCAGUGCACGCUUGUCUCCCCAGACUCGGGCGCUAUUGUGGUUGUCCUUACCUGGCCAGACACACCGUCGCUCAACGGCAACCGGCAGCUGCACUCGCUCGUCAAGACGCUCCGCCUUGGCAUGUUUGAGUGGUCGGUAGAGGACGACUCGAUUUUGGUCUUUGACUCGCUGCAGGAUGUGUUCUCGUCCGUGGCCUCCAUGUCGGACGAAACUGCGGGCGUGCAUCCAACGUCCAAGCUGGAGCGACUGAACCACUUGCUGCAGUUCCUGCCCAAGUCCGACCGCCAGCCAUUCGAGCAAGCACUGCGGCAAUUCAUUGAUUCAGUCUCCGAUAACGAUGGCGGUCGCCGCACCAUCCGGCGCGAAGUCUCGCGGCUUGGCUCACUCAUGGUCAUCAACUUUGACGGGACUGUCCUGGGUUCGUCGACAAACAAGCCGAUGUCGACCAACUCUGGUGGCUCAAAAACCGACAGAGCGGUCUUUAAGUUCCGCACCCGGCUCCGCAUGCCAAAGUCAGAGAAUCAGAAGACUUCCUCCGAACUGUCACGGCCCGAGCUCGACGCCAACGAUCGCUCGACCGAAACCGAAGACAAUUCGAUGGUCAUGCUCGCCGAGUCGACUUCGGUGCUUGACUCGGACGACGAACCUGGGAGUGACAGCGAGCGCCGAGCCGAGGACGAGGCCGACUCUGCCUACGUCGCUGUCGAAGUGUGGGGUGGGUAUGAUGAGGUUAGCAAGACGUUCACCGGCACGAUUGUCCUCGUUGACGACCUACUCAACAUGCCCGGCAGCACCGAUGCAGCAGAAAGCACCGGAACCGGCGACGGGCUUGCAGUCGCGCCGCUGGUAGUCCCGCUCGAGACCGCGCCACUGGGUGCGAUCCCGGUUGUCUCGCAACCAUCGAUCGAGCUUGCUGAGGCGACGCGGCAAAUGGCGGCAACGCGGCACGCCGAGUUUGUGGCCCGCGAGUACCUGGCGCAGCUCUCGUACUCGAUCCGCACCCCGCUCAACUCGGUUGUUGGCCUCGCUCAUCUUCUCUCGCGCCACUCGGUCGGAAGCUCGGUGACUCGCCAGCGGUGGAUCGACAUUCUCCACUCGUGCUCCGACCAGCUUGUUUCAGUCCUCACCAACUUUUUGGCGACACCUUCGGGCGAUGGCGAGGCGCUGGCAUCAUCGUCAGCAGAGGCCGCAUCGCUGACAGCUGCCGCCGACGGACUACCGCUGCAGCUUGCGCCGGUGUCGCUCAACGCGAUGUUGAGCAACGCGGUGGCGUCUGUGGCACUCACCCAUUCGCUCGAGGACGUCAUGGUUGUCAUUCUUGUCGAUCCUCGCAUUCCCGACCCAGCGCUUGUCAACACUCGCGUUCUCUUUUCGCUCAUGUGCAACAUGGUCGCCGAUCGCGCACAAGAGCCACACCCUGCAGCUAUCCUCAUUCACGUGUACAUCGCCGACGGCAUCAAGAGUCGGCUGGCGGAACAUAACUCUCUGUGGUGGCCAGCCAAAGCGCCGUCAGCACCGGUUGGCGCCACCAUUCCGCUACUUGUCACCGUCGGACGGUACUCGUCGCGGCAGUCGUUUGAUCCGACCGAGAUGGCUCCUGUCCUGGACGAGGAGGCAAUUCAGCCUCGGAGCUUGGCUAGCAAUGACCUCAACGUGUCGGGUGCUGAUCUGACGGCCGUGUCACCAGACCAGGCCAAGGCAGCAUACCUCCAGUCUCGUGAGCUCUGCUACCGGCUUGCCAAAGACGUGGGAGGCACGGUGGCGUUUCCGUCAUCGUCUCUCUGCUCGCAAUCAACUCGCGAGACGCAACUGGCUUCGCCACGGUCGCGGUUGACCGAGCUCCCGGCGUGGUUUACUCUCACGCUUCAGGUCCCGAAAGCGCCAGAAGCACGCACUCGCGAGGACGAGUUUUCAGAGCCUGACAUCGAAGAGGUGGUCGAAGGCGUUGGGGUUGUGCUCGCGCUUCACUCGACAGCAGUGAUGCAAGCGCUCGACGAGUACCUCACGCAUCGACGGUUGCGGGUUGCCACGGUGGCGUCGCCAGUCCGGCUCCUCGACGGGUUCCAGGUGCUGGACACGGCGACAGCACUUUCUGUUUAUGUGGUGGAGGAAGUUGGCUCGGCGGCUCGGACGCGGCGACUGCUGACCAAGCUGCGGCGGCUGUACAUUGCGCGCGAGGUUAUUCUGGUGUGCUCAGUCGACUCGGUCGUGCCGACACUGCCCAUUGUGACCGACGACGCGAACACGCGAGUGGUGUUCAAACCACUGGUCGCGUCGAUGCUGAUGCAAGUGCUCAGCGAGACACAUGCGGCGAUGGCCCGCCGAGUCUCAACUUCGCCGUCGACGGAGACAGCCCCGACGCGCAAACACGCGCUGAUGGCGGCGAGCAUGACACGGACGACGGCUCCAACGCCAGAAGCGGCAUCUCUUGGAGUGAGUGCGGCGACCAAUCCCAACCUGCCCGAAACUGUCAUUGACGGCUCGAACAUGUCGCUUGUUUCCAAGUCGCUUGCCAACAUCUCCACCACUGUCGAUAACGUCUCGGUGGACGUUGUGUCGGGCGACAAAGUGUCGGACGACGGGUCGCAGACCGCGUCGCCAGGCUCGCAGUCGGACGGUGGGCGGAAGCGUCGGAAGCGGCGGCGGAAGCGGCGGAAGCGCAAAAAGGGCAAGAAAUCCAAGAAGCAUCGCAAACGGCAUCAUCGGUCCAGGCGCAAGCGAUGGUCGAUGUCAGUCUCGUCUGACUCAUCUGGCUCGCCACCGCGGGACCUACUCGCCGACCUCAUGUCGUCCACGAGCUCGGCCGGCCUUGCUGAGCUCAUCCGCGACAUGCGGAACUCGCAGCGGUCGUCGGCUCACUCGCUCGAGUCGAUAGAGGACGUAGCGCCGGCUGUGACCACCAUGGAUGAAGCGCUGCGGAAGCAACGCGACGACGUGGCCAUGGCCACAGACGGCGUCCGGGCUGACCUGGCCAAGUCGGGACUGCUUGGCUACAACUCGGCGCGCCGCCGCAGAAAGUUAGACACCAGUGCAAUGCCACAUGCAGCUGCUGUCCGCGGUCCACCCUCAGCUUCGGCAUCUAUUACCAGCAUCGGCGGCAUCUACUUGGAGCGUCGCUCGCCGUUACUGAUUGUCUCGGGCUCGGGCUCGGGCUCGGGCUCGGGUUCGAGCUCCAACUCGGGCUCGGGCUCAGGCUCGGGCUCGGGCUCUAGCUCCAGCUCGGGCUCCAGCUCGGGCUUGGGCUCGGGCGCGUCGGUUGCUUCCAGGCCGUCGGCUGCCUCGGGAGAUUCGGUCGACAUUGACUCUCUCAAAAGUAGCUUGUCGGGUAUUUGUCUCCCGCUCGUGGGACCAGCUGGCAAGGUGCUUGUGGUGGAAGACGACCAGAUCUCGCAGAUCAUGGCGUGCGUCAUGAUUCAAGAGCUCGGCUUUGACGUACUUGCGGCAGCCAACGGCGCCGAGGCACUCGUGUUGCUGGAGCAGCACGCGCGCGCGUUUGACAUUGUCAUUAUGGACUGUCAGAUGCCGGUCAUGGACGGCUUUGAAUGCACACGGGCCAUCCGCGACCUCGAGCUGCGAAACGGAUAUGAGCGGUUGCCGAUCCUGGCAUGCACGUCCAAGACAGCGCGGGCGCAGAUGGCCAUGUGCACCAUCUCGGGUAUGGACGACGUCAUGAACAAGCCGAUCAACGAAGACAUUCUUCGUCACAUGCUCAACUUGUGGAUGCGGCCCGACUUUCGGCACCGCACCCAAAUGGCGUACUACGCCCGCCGCGGCUCUCUCAACCUGCAUGUCGAUUCAAUCGACGACAUCACUCUCGCUAACCAUGACGAGCUCACCGAUCACUUUAUCGAGAAGAACGAGGACGCGCGGGUUGUUGCCGCUGCUGCCAGCGAGCAUGUUCCAGUGUGGGCGGCCUCGAUCAGCCAUCUUUCUGUGUAA